UGCCUUUUCUUUAGGGAAAGCAAAGCAAAGUGCUUGAAAGAACUAAAAGAGAAGCCCACAAAACAGAUCAGGAAUGAGUCACAUUAUCUGCAACUGCAAGCAAGGAACAAAUGCUUUGGGAAAACACGGAAGCGAAAGUGGGGCAAAACAAAAAGCUCAUACCAUGCAUCACCACUGCACCCAUCUACCAAAACAUAUGCUAAUUGCCCCAUCUUGCACUACACUCUGUUCCCAAGCUCUGCCAGCUGCAGGCAAGCGAAAACUUCUUUCAACUCCAGCAAGCCACAUGAUUGAGUGAUACAUCUCCACCUUGGACUAAGUACGGCUGCAUCUUGUGCACACAUAGACAUAUCGAGUGCGCAAAAUCUGCGGCCAAUGGGUUAGAUAUGUUCUUCGCAUGGAUUUCUUAUACUUCUGUGGUGUUAGUUUUGAUUGGAGGAAGAUGGUCGGGUGAUCUGCAUCUGGAGUGGAAUUUUUUUUUGAGAUAUUUGUAUUUGUACGUGCAACUCUUCUUACUCGUUGAAUUGAUCUGCCUACGGCUCUAGAGUUCAUUCUUCUGUUCGUGAGCUCUUUCACCAUCUAAGAAGACCAAGUUGGCUUACUUUUCCAUUUCAAGUGAUAUUUCUUCACCUGGGACUGGAUUUCUUUUAGACCACUUUUCUUUUCUCCUCAAAUCUUCUUGGCUCUUCCUCCUUUACUUAAUCAUUAGGUAGUGAAGAGAUUAAUCUGCAGCCAAUGGGUUAAAGCAUUCAGUCAUGGUUUUCUUCUGCUGAGGGUAAUUAACUAAUUAUUGGUUUUGCUGUGGAGCUUCAGAAUGGCUGCUGAACCACCUGAACGUACUCUGUGGGUAAAAGAUUUCGAUGACGCUGUUGAGCAACUGAUUGAUCUUCUGCAUCAUGGCGAUAGUAUUGCAGAAGGCAAAAUAAAAGCAUUCUUGUUUAACGGCUGGUUCGGCGAGGGUCUGGGAGCAUCCGCCGUUCUUAGAGCUACAGCAGAACACCUCAAGUCCAAAACAAGUGAUCCAGACACGAAACUGCAAUUUGAUAAAAUUGUGCAAGUCGACUGCUCUUUGUGGAAAAAUAGAAGGACCAUGCAGCGUCAAAUAGCGGCAGAACUGAGCCUUGGGCAUUUAAUGCCUAUUUUUGAUAAGCAAGACGAGGACGAUGAUUUCAGAGGAGUAGAUGACAGUUCUAGAGCAGAGAUAACAAGCAUAGCAAGUGAGAUCCAUGAAUCUCUGAUCAAUACCAAAUUUCUUCUAAUUUUGCAUUAUGGGGGAGAUGCAGAUAUUGAUCUGGAGGAGUCCGGUGUUCCUUUACUUGGACGUUUUGGUAAAGGCAAGCUUUUAUGGACCAAUCAUGGAAGAUUUCUGUUCUCACGAAAACAACACAAGUUGUUGACAUCAAAUUUUGUUAAUAUACGAAUGUAUUUCCCUGUGCUUCAAAUGAAAUACAGUGAUAUCCAGCAACAACUGCAUUCUUUGUUGCACAAAGAAGCUAUUGAGGUGAUUAGGUACACCGGAAUGGAUGACAUCAACCCAGCAACAGUUGUGGAUUGCUUCUUGUACUCAUUGUUCCUGAUAGAAAAACUACGUGGAUUCUCUGGCAGUGGUGACUAUGACUGGGCUACUCAUGCUUGCAACUACUGGAUAUGUGACGGAAUUAUUCAAAGGGAAAGAGCUUGGGAGGUUGGCAGUGCAUUAUAUGGAGUGAUAGGGCAGUUGUGCCGUUCUUCACAUGCAACGGAAGAUCUAGUGGGAUACUUCGACCAACAAAUAAAACCCUACCGAGGCUGGAAAUCAAUUGCAAACAAUAGAGGAGCACAGAGUAUCUCUGCCAUUCCAGUUGAUGCAUCCUCAUAUUUCUUAACAUUUAAGGGACAUUGUCUACAUUUUUUAGAAAAUAUCUAUUUUUUUAAGGGAGAUGGUCUAUUAGAACUACCAAAUGAUGGUUUGUUUCAACUAGCCAGUAACCUCCGUGUGCUAAAACUCUGCAAGUGCAGCUUUGAUUUUGCAUUUCCUCCUUUCAAAUCCUGCAAGAACCUAAGGUUCCUUUGGCUUGACCAUUGUGCAAACACUGUGAAGGAGCAAGGUGGGGGGACAAGUUUUCCAAACCUUAUAGUGCUUGAUCUGCGUUACACAGAUUAUGCCUUGCAGCAGCAGAUGAUUGAACGGAUGACCAAUCUAAGGGAGAUAAAUACAAAAGGAGUCUCAUGGAGGAAUAUAAGUCAUGCAUGGAAAACAUUACAAAAUGUUCACAGGCUCCGACUAACCAAAUCUUCAGAUGUGAUCACAGUGGACAAUUGCUCUUCCUUGGAUAUGAUCAAUCUGGAGCUCUUUGACUUGUCCGGCAAUACCUGCAUGGCAUCAUUGCCUGCAGUGUCAUCAGCGGCAAGCCUGAAGAUGCUUGUUCUUGAUGGUUGUUCCAACUUGGAGACCAUUGCACUUGAAGGGCAUCUUCCACUACUCGAGACUUUUAGCUUUGAUGGUUAUGGCCCAACAGAGGACUGGGCACAUCCCACAAAACUGCCGAAAAAGGAAUUUCGGCCAAAGUCUCGUGCAACUUCAACCAAAGAAGCCAAGGUGAAAAAAAUCUCCCUGAUGGGCUGUGGUCAAUUGCAUAGCGUAUUCUUGCGUGGACUGGUCAAUCUGGAGGAGUUGGACCUCUCUGGUACGGCCAUCAAAAUGCUUGACCUCAGUGCCAUGGCUGUCCCAAAACUUAGGAAGUUAUUAUUAGUGGGUUGCCGACAACUCUGUAGCCUACUCUGCACUGUUAGUGAGCCGCUUGGAUUGGAAGUGCUACAUGUAGACACUCAGGAGAAGAAAAGUUUAGCUGUCUGUUGUGCGCAAGUGAGUGAGAGUUUCUUUACUUUUGAGGCAUGCAUUACCGUUAUAGAUGCAAGGAUUCUUUGGGGGUGCAUUGGAGGACUUUAUCGGUCGAUAAACAUAUACAGAAGGGACAAGGUGCACCUCCACAUCUCUUCUACCAUUCAUAGCCAAAUCAACAUGACUAAAAGUAUCGAGGGGAUUGGCCCUAGCCAGGAGGGUUUUAUUCCUACAGGGCGAUCGUUACCUUAUAAAGAUAUUAUCCUUCUGACGGAUGUAGCAUGUUUAUCCAUUGUGUGUGACCAGCGGCAACUUCAACCUCUUGAUGUGCAUAUGGAGAUUGGUGAUGAAGGCCACAACUUAGAGAGAAUAGAGGAGGACGGACGACCUGCUUUCAUCUGGUUUGUUUGGGAAUGUGUUCAGUCAUUGCAUGUGCAUGACAAUUCCUCAAUCACGGCUAUCCCUCCAAGGGGUCCACGAACUUGGUCUAGACUAACAUGGUGUCAUGUUGAGAGAUGCCCAAAGCUACAGUCUCUCUUUUCUUGUCUGCCUGGAUUUAACAACUUCAAUUCUUUGAGGACAUUUUCCGCGUCUGAUCUCCCGAUGGCCUACUGCAUCUGGGUUAAGACCAAAAAUCCUGAAAACCCUCGAGACUGCAUAUACCUAUACAGUGCCUUCACAGCCCUACAUCACAUAUACCUACACAAUUGCCCUAGGCUGGUGUUUGUCCUCCCAAUUUCCUUCACCUUGCCAAACCUGGAGACCAUCCACAUCGCAUACUGCAGCAACCUCCAAUAUGUUUUCCCGCUGGACAACAAGUACCCUCCAGAAAUAGCAUCCGGUGUCACAUUCCAGAAGCUGAAGCACAUCAAGCUACACCACCUCCACCGGCUGAAGCAGAUAUGCAAGGCCAGACUGACCGUGCCGGCACUGGAGACAAUCAGCCUCAGGGACUGCUGGGCUCUGAGGCGGAUACCGGCCGUCGGUGCGCGCCAAGGUCCUAAGCCGGUUGUGGACUGUGAGAAGGAUUGGUGGGGCAAGCUCCAGUGGGACGGCCUGGAGGCCGGGCACCACCCGUCGCUCUUCGAAACGCUUCACUCAGCUUACUACAAGGAGGCGCUCCCAAGGGUCUCCGUUCUAAGGUGAUGUGUUCCACCCCUCUGCCAUGUCUAGCUUGGUCUAUAAGAUACAACCAAGGGAGGUCAGGCUACAUGUUUCUGUGUUUCAAGUGUGGUGCGUUGGCGUGCAGGUUACGCACAUACGUUGCUAUGCACAAGGAAGAAUAAAGGGUGUGUUUUCAGCCACCAAACUCUCUGAUUUUGAGUAUGCUUGGAUUGGAUUGUUGUGUGAUGCACUUUGGGUGCUGGGCUUUCUCCAGCUUUGGUGUGGUGUUCGCACCUAGCUGGUUAAUUUGUGUUGAUUCGUGAUUUGCUUGUAAUAAGAUGAGGCUGUGCAUGUGCUGUGUGCGCCAACCCAGUGCGCUGUGUGACCGAUUGAUGAACCACAAAUUCAGCUUGUAUUUGAUCAUAUACAUGACAAUGUUGUUGUGAUGAGUUGUCGCCUGGUUUCCAAUUGCACGGGUUUUUGUAGUGGAA